GCAGUGGCGAUCGCUGCACCCCAAGGCUUCGAUUUCUCAUCAGACCUUCAGCAAAAUCCUGGAUUCACCCAAAACCGGGGCUUGCUGAACCGGAUAAUCAAUGGUCUACCGCUUCCCGAAUUAGUUCAACAGAUUGAUUCUCUUCUCAAUAAUAUCGAGUCCCUUCUCCCAAGAUUGGAAGGAUCGAGACUGGAGAGAACUCCAGUCGGUAGUCUUCUCAGUAAUCUCCUACUUGAGGUACGAGCAAUCCUCCUGAGAACCCUCGCACAGCUCGAAAAGGUUCCGAAUACUGUGAAUAAUGCACUCGUCGAGCAGCUUACGGCUCUUUUAGAGCGAGUCGAGUCGAUAUUGAACAACACUUUGACUGGAGUUAAUGGAUCUCUUCAAGAAAUCAUUUCUGGAGUGAUUGGAGACGUCACUGGCAUCAUCAGAGGACCAGUCCUUCAACUGGUUCCGGAUCUCCUUACGAGAGUUAUCCGUCUCCUUCAGAACACCAUCGACAAACUUGUUUGAAUCAUCUAAUUAAAAAUUUAUCGUAAAUUGCAUUCAAUAAAAAAUAUCAUCAACCAUUUUUUGGUAAA